AUGGGGAUACCUGAGAAGGUGGCGGCCGGAGGAAAGACAAAUAGUAAAACAUCCGCGGACAAAAUAUGCGAUACUUUCGCGAUGAAGUCGGACAUCCGCGCGAUGGUCGUGUACGCCUACACACAGCUCGCUCAGUCGGCGCUGAACACCACCGAGGGCGCGCGCGUGUGCUAUGGCCUCGCGGCGACCCACGGACUCGUCUGGCUCGCCUGGCAGAUCCCGCGCCUCGACCCCUUCAUGACGCGGCACUUCACGCACCACCCGCUCUCCGGCCUGUCCUACACCCUGCUGACGAGCGUCCACUCGUCCUUCCUCCACAUGCUGUUCAACACGAUGGCGCUCAUGAGUUUCGGCCCCAUAGCGUCGCUCUACCUUACGCGCGAACAGCAAAACGACUCGACAUAUCUGCGCGAGUCCACAAGCCAGUGGCAUUUCCUCGCCCUCUACGUCAGCGCCGGGCUGUCCGCCUCGGUCGCCUCUCACCUCUACGCAACCCGCAUCAUGUAUCCCCGCCUCGCCGCCAAGCUUGCCGCCGCACCAGCGAGCGCCGCGGCGCCGAUCGCCAACGCCGCGACGUCAGCAGUGUCGGCAACAACGGCUGAGACCGCCGCCUCCGCCGCCGAGGCGAUAACGUCGGUUAUCAAGCCCUCCCUCGGCGCGUCCGGCGCGAUCUACGCCACCGUCACGAUGACGGCGAUGGCGUUCCCCGACCAGCACAUAACGCUGCUGUUCCCGCCGACGCCUCCCAUACCCAUACAGUAUGGCGUGUUUGGGCUCAUGGCAGUUGACGUGCUCGGCUUGCUACGAGGCUGGCGGCUGUUCGACCACACCGCUCAUCUGGGCGGGGCGUUGUUUGGCUUGUGGUACUACCGCUAUGGCGUAGAGUAUUGGCAGACGUUUAGGGAGAGGACCCUCGGCUCCUUGCCCCGUUCGCUGCGGGGGCAGUAG